GAUAGCCCCUCCCCCUUUCGCUUUUUAGCCCUUGACGUAUGAAGAGGACGGUAGCAACAGUUGCCUCGAGACCCUCGCUCGCCAUAGUGACUGUAGUCGUGGAGACAGUUACUUACCAACGGGAGCAACACUCAGCAACAGCAGCAGCAGCAACAGCAACUGGAGGAGAGAGAGAGAGGGAAAAGAACAGUAAAGCCAGGGCAGAUCUAAGCAGAAGGCUGAGGAGAAACCAUGCAGCGGUCAGAGGGCGGCUCAGAGACGGCGUCCACUGUGGCGCUGAGAACGUCCACUUCAGCCCAGGCGCCGGUGGUUCAGCCCGUUCCCGCCUCCCAACAGCGUGUGUUAGUUCAGGCCACCGGCUCUUCCCAGAAGGGAGAUCAGGUGCAGCAGUUGCCAGUGCCUAGAGUACAACAGGUCCCUCAGCAGGUCCAACAGGUUCAGCAUGUGUACCAGUCCCAGGUGCAGUACGUGGAGGGAGCAGAGGCCGUCUACCCCAAUGGCACAAUUCGUACUGCAUACUCGUACAACCCAGAUUCCCAGCUGUAUGGACAGGGCAGUGGAAGCACCUAUUUCGACUCUCAAGCAGGUGGUACUCAGGUUACCACUGUUGUCUCCUCUGCUGGCGGAGUGCCCACUCACAGCAUGGUGGGAAUCACCAUGGACAUGGGCAACAGUCACAUCAUUUCCAGCGGCAGUGCCUACUUGAUCCAUGGCGGGAUGGAGAGCGGCCGCCACCACACCUCUCACUCCUCACGCUCUUCAUCCGCAAUGCUUGAAGUGGCGAUUGAAAACCUCCAAAAGUCAGAAGGGAUUGCCACUCACAAAAGCAGCCUGCUCAACAGCCAUUUGCAGUGGCUGCUGGAUAAUUAUGAGAUGGCUGAGGGUGUGAGUCUGCCACGGAGCUCUCUGUAUAACCACUAUCUGAGACACUGUCAGGAGCAAAAACUGGAUCCGGUUAAUGCUGCCUCUUUUGGCAAACUCAUCCGAUCUGUCUUCAUGGGCCUUCGCACACGCCGACUUGGCACCAGGGGGAACUCAAAAUACCAUUAUUACGGUAUUCGUCUGAAGCCUGAUUCACCUCUCAACCGCUUGCAGGAGGACAUGCAGUACAUGGCAAUGAGACAACAGCCUUUCCAUCAGAAACAGAGGUUUAAGCCCUUUCACAAGAUGGAUGGGAUGGGGGACAGUCUGAACAGCAGCUCCCAGCACUCGUCCAGCACCCCUGAGCAGAGCGUGGCGGCACAGAGCCAGCAUCACCAGCAGUACAUUGAUGUGUCUCACGUCCUGCCCCCCUUCCCUUCUCCUGAUCUGGGCUCCUGUCCUCUGCCCGAGCCAAUCAACAUGAACGAUGUGAAAAAACUACAGAGCAACUACAGGAUUCACUGUGAGGCUACUCUGGACGUAGUGAUGAACUUGCAGUUCCAUCUAAUAGAGAAGCUAUGGCAGACCUUUUGGUAUUCAACAGCGCCAUCUAGUGACGGAGCCACUACCAUUCCUAACAGUGAAGAGGAUGUGGAGGACAUCAGAGGAUUCCCCAGAGAGAAGCUGAUCGCUCUGUGUAAAUAUGAACCAAUCAAACAGUGGAUGAGGAGCUGUGAUCACAUCCUGUAUCAGGCACUGGUAGAGAUCCUCAUCCCUGAUGUACUGCGGCCUGUUCCAAGCACCCUCACUCAAGCUAUCAGAAACUUCGCAAAGAGUCUGGAGGGGUGGCUGACCUCAGCCAUGAGUGACUUCCCUCAGGAGAUUGUCCGCACUAAGGCUGCAGUAGUGAGUGCGUUUGCGCAGACCCUGCGCCGCUACACCUCUCUGAAUCACCUGGCCCAGGCAGCGAGAGCCGUCCUGCAGAACACGUCCCAGAUUAACCAGAUGCUCAGCGACCUCAACAGAGUGGACUUUGCUAACGUGCAGGAGCAGGCGUCCUGGGUGUGCCAGUGUGACGAGAGUGUCGUCCAGCGUUUGGAGCAAGACUUUAAGGUGACCCUCCAGGAGCAGAGCUCUCUGGAUCAGUGGGCCGCCUGGCUGGAUAACGUUGUCAACCAAGUGCUGAAACCCUAUGAGGGCAGUACUAGCUUCCCCCGCGCCGCACGCCAGUUCCUGCUCAAGUGGUCCUUCUACAGGUACAAGGCUCUCUAG